UGUUGAUAUGACGUUAAAUUCUGUAUUUUCGCUCCCCGGCCAGCUUUACAAUGAAGAAUUGUUAGCAUUCUCAGGCCAAUUCAUAUUUUUCAUAAUAAUAAAACUAGAUCCCCAGACAAAAAAUCUCAAAGAGGUGUAUUGGAUUUUAUUUUUCCAUUUACCGUUACCGCUUGGCCGCAAAAGAGUCUUCAAUCAGCCCGCAAACAAAAGGACAGCAAACUAACGUUUAACAUGUCUCAAGAAGGAUAUCAGUCACCAGCAUUGAAAGCAGACACGAGCUUGAAUUCACAUGAAUCGCAGAGGACCAACCCUGGGAAGACACCUAUACAAAUCCUACAUGAAUAUGGCACCAAAAGUGGCAACCUCCCUGUGUAUGUGAUGGAGAAGGCGGAAGGAGAGGCUCAUCAGCCCAGCUUCGUCUUUAGUGUGAAAAUCGGAGAUGUUAGCUGCACAGGUCAAGGUCCUAGUAAAAAGGCAGCUAAACAUCAGGCUGCAGAGGCUGCCCUGAAUAUUCUGCAGAUAGAUGCUGGGGCAGUGAACGUUCCUGUGAAAUCUGAGAGUAAUGGUGUUGUAGCAGAAACAAACAACCAUCCCAACUCAGUGGGGAUACUGCAGGAGUUAGCAUUACAGAGAGGAUGGCGUCUUCCUGAAUACACAGUUCUAAUGGAGGCUGGUCCACCACACAAGAGAGAAUUCACUGUUACUUGUCGAAUGGAGUCACUUUCAGAGAAGGGCGUAGGAAAUUCAAAAAAGGCAGCGAAAAUGGCAGCUGCAGAGAAAAUGGUGUCAAAGCUUCAAAGUCUGUCCGGCUGUUCGGAAAUCACAUGGACUCCAAAACCAAGCGUCCGGUUUGAGAACUUAAGGAACUCAUCAGCAGAGAGUAUAUGUUUACUGAGAAGAAACCCGCUAAGCAUUCCCAACACAGAUUAUAUUCAGAUGAUGUUGGAGCUGUCCAAAGAGCAGGGCUUUGAGGUCACGUACUUUGACAUUGAUGAGCUGACGGUGAACGGUCAGUACCAGUGCCUGGCAGAGUUGUCCACCUCCCCAGUCACCGUUUGCCACGGCACCGGCAUUUCCUGUAGCAACGCUCACAACGACGCAGCACACAGCGCCCUCCAGUACAUCAAGAUCAUGGCCUCCAUCAAGUAAAACCACCACAGUCAUCUGCUUCACCUGUUUUGUUACAUAGUUCAGCUGAUGUCCAGUCACCAUGAGGCUGUAGAUCGUUCCUCCUACUAGUCUUCCUGUCUGUGGACGAUAUGGGGUCAAGGUAUAUAUUUAUAAUUAUGUGUAUCACAAAGAGUCAUGAUCCACAAGAACUCAACAGAAAGUAACUUGAAUCAGGCAAUUUAAGAGCAGUAUUUGUGAAGAGACACCAUCAUGUUGUACUUAAGAUGUCCAACACGCUGAAUUGACACAAAUGUGUAAGCGAAGUACGUCUAGUGAAAAAUAUGAAGCACGCUAUUUUUGUUGCUUUAGUGGGAUUUGAUUCCCUGUUUGUUGUCAGAUCUUUUUACAUUCCAUUGGUCUUUUAUUUAUUUAUUUUUUUAUUACACAGUUUUUCCCGUGUAGCAAUGAGCUGUUUUGAGCCAAUAGAAUAUCUUAAACUUUUAAUUUGCUUCAGAGAUACCUUCCUUUCUGUUAAACUCUAAAAUUAAAGUGAAUU